GAGUAGCUCAGUGCCUUUAAUAUCAAAUGAAGAGAUGAGGCAGUUUGUGCAGUAUGUCAGAGGCCAGGUAGUCACCUGUACCACUGCAGCAGACAAACUCCUGUGUGGAUACUAUGUGGCAAGUAGACGAGUGCGCUCCUCUAGUGUACAAGGAACAGACUUCCCUGUUACUGCCAUGAAAACUCUGACCUCCUUGUCAAAAGCCCAUGCCAAACUAAGCCUAAGGAGAGAGGUCACUCCAGAAGAUGCUGUCAUGGCCAUCUUGUUGUAUGAAGAAUAUAUCACAGACAGAUGUGGUUGUUCUGUUCUCAAUGUCCAGCCCUUACGACACUGCAGAAACCAAGACAUAGGGACGUACAUUGGACCACAGAAUGACAGCCAGAUGAAGCAUUUCCACACACAACUACUGAGGUUCUGUGCUGCACAUGCUGGUGAUAUAGAAAUGGGCAGUACAGAGGAGUGAUGUCAACAUGUGAACUGUGACUGGAGUUUACACACAAAAGAUUCAGAAUUUGAAUGAGAUUGGGGUGGGGGACGAAAAAUCCUUUUCUCCUCAUUUUGCUCUUCUAAUGUUAAACAGUAGCAGAGGACAGUCUUAUGUAUUAAAAUAUGUAUGACAUAGUGAUGGAAAAAUUGCUUCAUUAUUUUGCUCAUGCUUUUGAGGGGGAAAGACAAAAGGGCACUCACAACUUUUCUGCCACACAGAUUACUGUUUGUGAAUAAGUUAAAAAAAUUUAGACAUUCUACAUACCAAAAUUACUAUUGUUGAGCUCAAUAUUUUUCACAAAAUGAUAAUUUUGUUUUGGGAAAAGAAAUAUUUUUAAAAUGUAUUUUUGAGCCUUGUCUGUUAAGCUGGUCUGUGAUUUUAAUUUUAUAAAUAUUGAUGUGCAAAGGUAUUAAAUGAUAACUUAAAAGUGACUGAGAUAAGAACAGUUAUUUAACAGAUUCUGAAAUGGAGGUGUAACAAUCUAUUUAACUUCUGGUACAAAUAAAAAAUACACAACAUUAUUUUGCAUAUAAUUCUUGUAUUCAAAUUCCAAAAUGGACUUGGAAUCAAUUUUAUACUAUAAUUUAUACUAUAAACAAUCUUGUUUACAAAACAACUAGCGUAACCAAGUAUGAUAUUUAGACAAGCUGAAAGAUCAUAUCCAAUUUACAGGUGACAAAGAAAACAUAGUUUGAGUGUGAAAACAGAUAAAAUGACAUUAAUAAUAAUUGUACACGUCCUGGAACCGAGUUCUUACCCAACCCCUGCCCUUUUCCAUAUUGUGUCAAUUUACAGGGAAUUCAUUCAGUCAUAUUUCCCCUGAGGUCCAAACAUAAUAGAAAAGGUGUGGUUCACGUCUUGUGUCUUUAUGUAAAAUCUGAAGUUUUGUCACGUGGAUAACAGUGUCUCCUUCCAUUAAAAAGAUGUGCAAAAUUAGUGUAUAAGAUAAUUUAAUCAUCCUGCUAGCAUUUAAAAAAUAUUCUACGUGCUGU